UUUAUCUGCGCUGUAUUCAACCCUCAGACAAAAACAUCCAGAGCAGAUAAAGCAUCAACAUCUGGGGGCUCUAAAGAACACUUUCCAGUUUUCCCCACCAGGUUAACUGGUCUACAAACACGAGCAGCAUGAGGGAGAAGUUUAUCUCCUGAGGCAACAACUUCUACACAGGGCUGACUCGCUGACAACUGCAUCCAGAGGUACUGUCUAAGGACUUUCAAAUGUGACAUAUUACCGCUCCAACAUUAGAUGACUCCAAAUAUGAUCAUGACUUCACACAAGUGCUCCAUAAUUUUACUCCGGCCCGCCACUCCAUGGAUGUUUAUCACCUUUUUAUUGGUUCUUCUUCCUGGAGUCACUCAUCUCUCCCACGGCAGCUCGAGCCAUGAAGACAUCAGCGACGCCCCGAAAAACUGCUCCAGCGAGGACAAUUGUUCGGAGGGAGUGGUGCUGCCAAUGUGGAACCCACAGAACCCUGCGGUCGGCGACAAGGUGGCCCGCGCCAUUGUAUACUUUGCGGCUCUCAUAUACAUGUUCCUAGGUAUGUCCAUCAUCGCAGACCGUUUCAUGUCGUCUAUCGAGGUCAUCACCUCUCAAGAAAAGGAGAUCACCAUCAAAAAGGCGAAUGGUGAAACCACGACGACCACUGUGCGCAUAUGGAAUGAGACCGUAUCGAACCUGACCUUGAUGGCUCUGGGUUCCUCAGCACCAGAGAUCCUGCUCUCUGUUAUUGAAGUAGUCGGUCAUAACUUUGAAGCUGGAUCUCUGGGGCCUAGCACCAUCGUGGGCAGUGCAGCAUUCAACAUGUUCAUCAUUAUCGCCAUUUGUGUCCACGUGGUGCCAGAAAGUGAGACCCGCAAGAUAAAACACCUGAGGGUGUUCUUUGUCACUGCUGCCUGGAGCGUGUUUGCUUACAUCUGGCUGUACCUCAUCCUGUCUGUGUUCUCUCCUGGAGAGGUAGAGGUUUGGGAGGCAGUCCUUACCUUCCUAUUCUUCCCCAUCUGUGUUCUGCAAGCCUGGAUUGCAGACCGCCGCCUGCUCUUCUACAAGUAUGUCCACAAACGUUACCGGGCAGACAAGACCCGUGGCAUCAUCAUUGAAUCUGAAGGUGAUGCCAUGUUUACUAAAAUGGACCUGGAGAUGGAUGGACAGGGUGCAAACUCACACAACAAGGAUGCUCUGGAUGGGAUGCUGGAGGGGGUGGAGGAGGGUGGAGGCAUGAGCGCCGAGCAAGACCAGGAGGAGGAGGCCCGUCGGGAGAUGGCACGCACCCUGAAAGAUUUAAAACAAAGGCAUCCAGACAAAGAUAUGGAGCAGCUGAUAGAGAUGGCCAACUACCAAGUGCUGGUCCAGCAGCAGAAGAGCCGGGCCUUCUAUCGUAUUCAGGCCACACGCAUGAUGAUUGGAGCAGGGAACAUUCUGAAAAAACAUGCUGCUGACCAGGCCAGGAAGGUAGUGAGCUGUCAUGAGGCUAGCGGGCAGGAGGAAGAUCCCAACACCAUUUACCUGCAGUUUGACCCCUCUCACUACCAGUGCUUUGAGAACUGUGGUUCCCUGAAGUUGACGGUCAGUCGCCAUGGAGGAGAGGCUGGCUGCACAGUUAAGGUGGACUACAGGACUGAGGAUGCCACAGCCACUGCAGGCUCAGACUACGAGUUUGCUGAGGGCACUUUGGUCUUCAAGCCUGGCGAGACUACCAAAGACUUCACCGUAGGAGUCAUAGACGAUGACAUCUUUGAGGAGGAUGAGCACUUUUACGUGCGCCUCAGUAAUCCCCGUAUUGUCCACCGGGCUGAGGUCUCCAUCCUGGAGCCCAACUCCAUCACCUCCAGCAACAGCACCGUUGGCAUCUCCUCACACGUUCCUCCAAAGGCCGCCCUAGGGAACGCUCCAGUCGCCACAGUCACCAUCUACGAUGACGACCAUGCUGGCAUUUUCACGUUUGAGAGCAGCUCCACCAGGGUGAGCGAGAGCGUCGGCAACAUGCAGGUAAAGGUGCACAGGACGUCCGGGGCUCGGGGGAAGGUGGCUGUGCCUUACCAUACCGUCGAGGGCACCGCCAAAGCUGGGGAGGACUAUGAAGAGGUCUCCGGAAAGCUGGAGUUUCAGAACGAUGAGACCAUGUGA